CUGAGGCUGCUGGAGCUGGGGUCGAAUAAAAUCCGGGAGAUGGAGAAUGUAUCGCACCUGUCGGCCCUGGAGGAGCUGUGGGUGGGGCGCAACAAGAUCAGGGAGGUGCGCGUGGCGGGGCUCACAGCGCUGGUGAAGAUCAGCGUGCAGAGCAACCGCCUCACGUGCAUGCGCGGAUUCGAGUCGUGCACGCGGCUGCAGGAGCUGUAUCUGAGCAACAACGGCAUCAGUGUGAUGGAGGGGCUGGAGGCGCUCACCAACCUGCGCAUUCUGGACCUCGCUGCUAAUGCCAUCACCCACGUGCAGGGGCUAGAUACCCUCACCAGGCUCGAGGACCUGUGGCUGAACGACAACCGCAUCGAGUCGCUCUCGCAGCUCAUGGCCGCUCUGGAGGGGCCCAAGGCGUCGCUUGUCACACUCUACCUCGAGCGCAACCCCUGU